GCCCUGCCAAGCAGAUAGGGCGGUAGCUACCCCAGGAGUACCUGCCCCCUCUCAACCUGGGCCAGCCCUUCCCGACUUGGUGGCCACCCUUGCUGACCCGAGGCCAUGUAGGUCCUAGCUCAGGCCACUGGACACACUGCUGGGGACAGUGCCUCUGCUCUCAGGGGGCACCCAGUGCACCAUCAUGCCCUGGGGACUCGCCUGGUUAUACUGUCUUGGGAUCCUACUUGGCAUGACUUUGGGGAACGAGAAUUUGGAUAUGUGGACUCUGACCCAAGAUAAGGAGUGUGACCUUACGGGCUACCUUCGGGUCAAGCUGCAGUACAAGAACCGGCUUCAGUACAUGAAACAUUACUUCCCCAUCAACUACAGGAUCCCUGUGCCUUAUGAGGGGGUGCUCAGAGUCGCCAACAUCACGAGGCUGCAGAAGGCCCGUGUGAGCGAGCGGGAGCUGCGGUACCUGUGGGUCCUGGUGAGUCUCAACGCCACCGAGUCUGUGCUGGACGUGCUGCUCCAGGGUCACCCAUCCUGGGAUUAUCUGCAGGAAGUUCAGACGCUGCUGGAGAAUGUUCAGCGGAGCCUCAUGGAUGUAGAGAUCGGCCCUCAGGUGGAAGCCGUGUUAUCUCUUCUGAGUACCCCAGGCCUAAGCCUGAAGCUGGUGCGGCCCAAAGCCUUGCUGGACAACUGCUUCCGGGUUAUGGAGCUGCUGUACUGCUCUUGCUGUAAACAAAGUCCCAUCCUGAAGUGGCAGGACUGUGAGCUGCCGAGUCUCCAUCCCCACAGUCCAGGAUCCUUGAUGCAGUGUGCAGCUACCCACGUGUACCCUUUGCCUCGGCAACCCCCCACCUCCCUGCCCGGUCCCCCAGGCUCAAGUCAUGGUCCAUUGCCCUGAGCCGUCUGUGCUGACCACAGGUCGGACCACUGGAUGUCUUCCAGGAACUGACCCGGGUCUGAGGCUUUCUGGCAUGGUAGGUAGGUAGACCUGCAGGAAAGACCUCCUGGGAAAGGCCUCGUGCCAGGCUCAGCUUCCUGCCUUUCGGACCUAUGUGAUGCCACCUGGAGCCUCAGGGGAGAGGGGUGGAGGGAAAGGCUGGUGCUGCCCCCCACAGCCACCCCUACCUGUGACUGGUUCUGCAAUCGGCAAAUGCUGUUGCCCCACAGGUGGGUGCCACAUAGAAUUCUGGGACUCACUGGGGCUUUGCAAGCGUGCUGAACGCGGGGUGCUGGACCGAGGACUGACCAAAUGCCGUAUCUUGCCACAGCAGUGCUAUCCCGGUUCCUUUUCUAUUAAACGACCACUCGCUUGGUUUGGCUUGCACUUGUGAAGGUGAACCCGGAGGGACUCAGUUCUGGAGACUGGAGGGUGGUUUUGGUUCUGCCUGUGGCCGGGCGUCCACAGUGGGUGGAGCCUUACGAGUACUCAGCUCUUCCCGCCCUGUUCUAGCUCUGGGGGGGUCUGCUGCAGUGUUGAGGUGCCUCCCUCACCAUGUGUGUGUUCUCUCCCUCUGGGUCCCCCAGAGUCCCCGCGGGAGCACUUCAAAGACCGACUCAGGCCUCUGCCCAGGUUCCCCACUUCUCAUUCACGUCCCCGGUCAGGGACGGCGAAGGCCAGGAUGCAGGGGUAGGAAGCAGAGUAGGUUGAGCAACAGCAACCCAGGGAAGACAGGCGGGGGCCAAGGUGUUAACUACAGGACCAUUUUUAUUAAUACUGGAAUCUUCACAGUGCAUUUGUUACUUGUAGCAGUGACUACUUAAUCACAGAAAGGAUGGAAAGGGUGUGGGUAGGAGAAUUUAUCCAAAACGGAAAGAAAAUUAAAAAAAAAAAAAAAGUGGUUCUGAUGGAUGAGAGGAUGGUGGGUGGG